AUGCACCCUGCCGGGGCGCUGCUGGCCGUCUGUGGCCUGGUCCUGGGUGUCUUGGGGAAGCCUUCACCAGACUUUUGCUCCCAGAUCCUUAAGUCAGAUGUGAAACCAGGAUUUCCCAAGACCAUCAAGACCAACAACCCGGAUGUCCUCAGGGCGGCCCGACACAGCGCUGAGAGCUUCAACAACUGCAGCAAUGACGCCUUCUUGUUCCGGGAGUCCCGCGUCAGCAGGGCGCUUGUCCAGAUAGUGAAAGGCCUGAAGUUCAUGCUGGACAUGGACAUCGGCAGAACUACCUGCAAGAAGACCGGACACGCAAACCUGGACAAUUGCAGCUUCCAGACCAACCGCACCCUGCAGUGGACCCUCAGCUGCUACUCUGAAGUCUGGGUCAUCCCCUGGCUGCAGACCACCGAGGUGUCUGUCCUCCACUGUCACUGA